CCCGCCACCGUUGCUAUCUCUUCCCAAUUAUACACUAAUCAGAUCACAAUUUCGAUUCCGGAUCGAAACCAAAAAUGUUCAAAUUCCUCAAAGACGUUGUUGGUGGAUCUGGAACUGGCAUCAAAGAUCUCCCUUACAACAUUGGUGAACCUUAUCAUUCCGCUUGGGGUUCUUGGAUUCAUCAUCGCGGCACUUCAAAGGAUGACGGCUCUCCGGUUUCGAUUUUUACUUUAUCUGGAAGUAAUGCUCAGGAUGGACAUUUAGCUGCGGGUCGUAAUGGUGUCGAGCGUCUACGAACUGUUAGGCAUCCAAAUAUUUUGUCAUUUCUUCGUAGUACCGAGAUUGAAACUUUUGAUGGCGGUUCUUCUAAGGUCACAAUAUAUAUUGUGACCGAACCUGUAAUGCCACUUUCAGAUAAGGUUAAAGAGUUAGGACUUGAGAGUACACAAAGGGAUGAAUAUUAUGCUUGGGGACUGCUUCAGAUAUCGAAAGCCGCGAGCUUCUUAAAUAAUGAUUGUAAACUUGUUCAUGGCAAUGUUUGCUUGGCUAGUGUUGUUGUCACACAAACUCUGGACUGGAAACUCCAUGCUUUUGAUGUUCUAUCAGAGUUUGAUGGGAGCAAUGAGUCAUCCUCUACGCAAAUGCUGCAAUAUGCAUGGCUUGUUGCAACUCAAUACAAAGCAAUGGAGCUGGCAAAAUCUGACUGGGCUGUAAUUAAGAAGUCUCCUCCAUGGGCCAUUGAUUCUUGGGGCAUGGGCUGUCUUAUCUAUGAGCUAUUCUCUGGUUUGAAGUUGAUCAAAACAGAAGAGUUACGUAACACUGACUCCAUUCCCAAGUCCCUGCUUCCAGAUUACCAGCGGCUACUGAGUUCCACACCUUCUCGUAGAUUGAAUACUUCAAAGCUUAUAGAAAAUAGUGAGUAUUUUUAAAAUAAGUUGGUAGACACAAUACAUUUAAUGGAAAUUCUCAGUUUGAAAGAUAGUGUCGAGAAGGACACCUUCUUCUGCAAGCUUCCAAAUUUAGCAGAGCAACUUCCUCGUCAGAUUAUGUUAAAGAAGUUACUUCCUUUAUUAGCUUCUGCCCUUGAAUUUGGUUCAGCUGCUGCCCCUGCUCUGACUGCAUUGUUGAAAAUGGGUUCAUGGCUUUCAGCCGAGGAGUUUCGUGUCAAGAUUCUUCCAACAAUAAUUAAACUCUUUGCCUCCAACGAUCGAGCUGUCCGUGUUAGCCUUCUCCAACAUAUUGAACAAUUCGGAGAGUCAUUAUCAGCUCAAGCUGUUGAUGAGCAGGUUUACCCUCACGUUGCUACUGGUUUCUCUGAUACAUCUGCUUUUUUGAGGGAACUUACUCUCAAGUCCAUGUUAGUUUUGGCUCCGAAACUGUCUCAAAGGACCUUGUCUGGGUCAUUAUUAAAGCAUCUGUCGAAGUUACAGGUUGAUGAAGAGGUAGGGAUACGAACAAAUACUAUUAUCUUGCUAGGAAAUAUUGCAAGUUACUUAAAUGAAGGGACAAGAAAAAGAGUGUUGAUUAAUGCAUUUACAGUCCAUGCUUUACGUGAUAC